AUGGGCCGCCCCGCCGCCGCUGCCACCGCGCUGCUGUGCCAGCUGGGGCUCUCCGCAGCCAUCCAGUGGCUCGGGCUGGCGGGCAGCGGGGUGGCCUGGAACGAGAGCCAGCACUGCCGGCUGCUGGUGCCCGAGCAGCUGCAGCUGUGCCGCCGGCACCUGGAGGCGAUGCCCAGCGUUGUCCGGGCCGCCCGGCGGACGCAGCAGCUGUGCCAGCAGAGCUUUGCCGACAUGCGCUGGAACUGCUCCUCCAUCCAGCGCGCCCCCAGCUUCGGCCCCGACCUGCUCACAGGAACGCGGGAAGCCGCCUUCGUGCACGCCCUGGCAGCGGCGGCCGUGGCGCAGAGCAUCGCCCGCUCCUGCGCCUCCGGGGAGCUCCCGCGCUGCUCCUGCGGGCCCGCGCCCGCCGAGCCCCCCGCGCCCGCCUCCCGCUGGGGCGGCUGCGGCGACAACCUGAGCCACGGGCUGCAGCUCGGCGCCGCCUUCGCCGACGGCUCCGCCAGAGCCGGCACCGCGCCCGGGCUCCGCGCCGUGAACCGGCACAACGGAGCCGUGGGACGGGCGGUGCUCAGUGACUCCCUGGAUACCAGGUGUAAAUGCCACGGGGUUUCAGGCUCCUGUUCAGUGAAGACCUGCUGGAAAGGGCUGCCAGACCUGGGUGAAAUCGCCUCUGACCUCAAAUCCAGGUACCUGGCAGCCCUCAAGGUGACCCAUCGGCUCGUGGGGCCCAGGAAGCAGCUGAUCCCCAAGGAAGGGGAUGCCAGGCCAGUGACAGAGAUGGAUCUGGUUUAUCUCAUCAGCUCUCCUGACUACUGCACCCCAAACCCCCAGCUGGGUUCUCUGGGGACACAGGACAGGCCGUGCAACAGGAGCUCAGUGGGCAGUGACAGCUGUGACCUGCUGUGCUGUGGCCGUGGCUACAACACCUACACGGAGGAGGUGCAGGAGCGCUGCCACUGCCGCUACCGCUGGUGCUGCUCCGUGGUGUGCCGGCGCUGCCGCCGCAGCCUGGACAGACACGUCUGCAAGUGA